CACAACAGCAGUUGGUCUUGAGGAGAGAUUGAAGUCCGAGAGAGAACAGUGAUGGAUGGACUAAUGCCAGACUAAGGAAAGGGAGCUUUGCCCAGUGCUUCCCAUCUUGUCUUCUCGUGGCCAGGGCAGAAACUGCCUUUCCUGCUCCUCCAGCCCGUCAGCAAGAGUGGACAUUUUUCUGAGUCACCAUGGGCAAGAUGGACAACCCCUCCGUGGAGCUGAGCUCUCCCUCUGAGGUGAAGCAGGCAGCUCUGGAGGAGCCAGAGCCCAUCAGCCCCGAGGUGGUGAGCACCCAGAAGAAGAAGAAGAAGAAGGAGAUCCCAGACAGAGGUUCCUGGAAGGGGAAAUUUGACUUCUUGCUGUCCUGUGUGGGCUAUGCUAUCGGUCUGGGCAACGUCUGGCGCUUCCCUUAUCUCUGUGGCAAAAAUGGAGGAGGGGCCUUCCUCAUCCCCUAUUUCCUGACACUGGUGUUUGCUGGGAUUCCUCUCUUCCUGCUGGAAACUGCUCUGGGCCAGUAUACCUCUAUUGGUGGACUGGGAGUCUGGAGAUUAGCACCCAUGUUCAAAGGUGUGGGACUGGCAGCCAUGGUUCUGUCCUUCUGGCUGAACAUCUACUACAUUGUCAUCAUUGCCUGGGCCCUCUACUAUCUCUUCAACUCUUUCACUGCGGACCUGCCGUGGCAGAGCUGUGGGAACCCCUGGAACACAGACCGCUGCUUCUCCAACUACUCCCUGAACGACACCACCAACCUCACCAGCGCCGUCACCGAGUUCUGGGAGAGGAACAUGCACCAGAUGUCCGGAGGCCUGGGGGAGCCUGGCGCCGUCCGCUGGCCCCUGGCUGGCACACUGGCCCUGGCCUGGCUGCUGGUCUACUUCUCCAUCUGGAAGGGUGUGGAGUGGACAGGCAAGGUGGUGUAUUUCUCAGCCACCUACCCCUACUUCAUGCUUUUCAUCCUCUUGUUCCGGGGAGUCACGCUGCCAGGAGCCAAGGAGGGGAUCCUCUUCUACCUCACACCUGACUUCAGGAAGCUCUCUGACUCUGAGGUCUGGAUGGAUGCAGCCACUCAGAUCUUCUUCUCCUAUGGCCUGGGGCUGGGCUCCCUCAUUGCUCUGGGCAGCUACAACACUUUCCACAACAACGUCUACAGAGACUCCAUUAUUGUGUGUUGUAUAAACUCCACCACAAGCAUAUUUGCUGGAUUUGUUAUUUUCUCUAUCAUUGGCUUCAUGUCACACAUCACAAAGAAGUCGGUGUCAGAGCUGGCCUCCUCAGGGCCUGGACUGGCUUUCCUCGCCUACCCGCAGGUUGUCACACAGCUGCCCUUGUCCCCACUGUGGUCAAUCCUCUUCUUCUCCAUGCUGAUGAUGCUGGGUCUGGACAGUCAGUUCUGCACUGUGGAAGGGUUCAUUACAGCCCUGAUGGAUGAAUAUCCUCAAGUCCUAAGAGCCAGGAAGAAGAUCUUCAUUGCAGUAGUCUGCUUCAUCUCUUAUCUCAUUGGAUUCUCCAACAUCACCCAGGGUGGCAUUUAUGUCUUCAAGCUGUUUGAUUACUACUCAGCCAGUGGCAUGUGUCUUCUUUUUCUUGUCUUCUUUGAGACCAUCUCAAUUUCUUGGUGUUAUGGUGUGAACAGGUUUUACAGGAAUAUUGAAGAAAUGAUUGGCUACCAGCCUUGCAUCUGGUGGAAGAUCUGCUGGGCCUUCUUCACACCUCUUGUCUGCCUGGGUGUGUUCUUCUUUAGUGUGGUGGAAAUGACCCCUCUGACACUGGGAAAAUACGUCUAUCCUGUGUGGGGACAAGGCAUCGGUUGGCUCAUGGCCCUGUCCUCCAUGUUUCUGAUUCCAGGGUACAUGCUCUACUCUUUCUUCACCUCAACAGGGACUCUCCGGCAGCGUUUGCAGCAGAUGACACAGCCCAGGCCAGAGGUGCACGCUCAGAACAAUGGCCUCCAGCCGAAGACGUCCUUGAACGGGAGGAUCUUGGAUGCUGCUGUGUAGGAGGAGAGCCAAACUCCUCGCUCUGCCCUGUAGUUGCUCACUCCACAUUGUCCCUCGAGCUCCUCUGGCACAGCUUGCUGUCCCUGGCUCUGCGGUGGCUUUCGUUUGUCCAAGAGAGGACCUGGUGGAGGAACCUGCUCAUGGCUCUUCCUCCUGGCAUGGCUGACCAAGGCCCUGAACAAGCUGCUGCCAGGGCAUUGUGUGGUGACAACCUUCAUCCUGCAGCAUCCUGCUCCAGGCCCUCAGGGAGGAGCAGCUGGCACCCUCGUCUUCCUCCUCCUGAGGAGAGGUGGUGUCUCUAGAGAGCUUAGA